AUGGCAGCUCGAUUGGCCCUGUGUGCCCUGCUGGAACGUCUGGGGACGUACGACGCAGAUGAGGCCCUUUUAGAAUAUAUCUGCACGCUUUUAGAAGAUGCAGGUGACGACGAUGCAGGCUCAGAGGCGCUGUUGGAUCAGACGCGGGAGCUGCUGGCGGAGAUAGCGCCGCGCUUUACGUCUGCGCACACGUCGGCGCGGCAGCAGCAGAUGGUGCUGGACCUCUUCGAGGCGGCUCGGUCUGGAAGCAACAACGGCAGCAACAGCAGCAGCAGCAGUGGCGAGCCACAUGUGCCCAGCCCAUCUGACACCGUCACCGCGGAGGCGCUAGUUGCGAGCCUCAGGCAGCUAGAGAUUGACGCCCUCGCCUGCGAGAGCACCAGCGGCGCUUUGCGCACCGGCAGUGGCAAAGUUGGUCGCACUGCCAGCGGCACCGGCCACUCCCAUGCACAUGAUGUCAGCACUGCAGCGGGUGAUGGCAUUGAAAACGCAGACCCAGGCACUGUGGCAGCGCUGCGGGAGCUGUGCUCAGGCGCACCUUCGGACGCAUUCCUUGCCCACGUUCUGGCCAGGCGCUGUUGUGGUGAUGCUGAGGCCGCGGCGGGGUGGCUGGUGGAGCAUGAUCUGGAUCGCGAGGAGGCGGCGUGGCGGCAGGAGCAGGACGAAGGCCGCCAGGAGGCGCAGCGCAGCGAGCGCGAGCGGCAGAAAAGCAAGCAGGCCCUCCUGGCGAGGUUUGCCCUGGAGGCGGUACCUGUGCCAACUGACGGAAAGCAGAAGGCGCGGCCUGUGGAGGCAUGGGCAGCGGGCAAAAAGCAGCAGCAGCCAUCUGGCAAGGUGCGCUACCUGGAGGGGAGGGUGGUCAGCUCAACCGGCCAGAAGUACAUCGUGGAGAAAGCUGAGGAGUAUGACGGCGGUAGCCGCGGCAAGGCAGAUCAGCUGCGUCAGGCGCACAAGGCGCUCAAGCUGCAGCUGGAGCAGAGCGAGGCAGAGAAGCGGCGGCUGCAAAACAAAUUGGUCAACCCCUCGCCUGCAGCGCGCAACCAGCGAGAUCUCCUGGUCCAAACGCAGGCGGAGGCCGCUGUCUUGAGGCACAAGCUUCAUGAGGUGACCAGCCAGCGCGACGCUGUGCUGGUGUCAAAGGCGGCCCUGCAGGCCCAGGUGGCCCAGUUGAUGGAGCUCGCGGCACAUGCAGCCGAGGGCCGGCGCGCCACAGCGCUGGCCGCGGCGCUGCAUGCACAACUCUCGGUCCUGUGCAGCAGCAUCGGCGCCGACGAGGCCGCUGCCGCCGAUGGCGACGACUGGGCGGACCGGAAGAUCGCGGCACUGUGCCUCUGGGUGGCCGAGGCACACCAGCGGAUGCAAGUCUUGGCCUCUCAGAUUCACGAGUCGGAGACCAGCCGGAUGGCGCUCCGAGACCAGGUCCUGCAAUGCCAGCCACAUGCGCAGCAGCAGGCGGUCAUGGCGCCAGAGGCUGACAGCGCCUUGACAUCGGGACCGGCGCCUAACCAGUUACUUGCGGCGCCAGCGGCCCUGCUGGCCAGCCCCGUGGAUGGCAGGCUGGACGCCACUGCGACAUCCACACUGAUAUGGGGUGCGGAGGGUGUGGCGGCCCUGCCGUUUGCAAGCCCCGCAGGCAGCCCGGCUGUCACCCACCGCAGCCACACAGCCGCAGCCGAUGCAGACGCUGCCCCGGGUGCGGCAGGAAGAGACCAGGGCGCGAUGGGCGUCUCGAUCGCGGCUGGCGUCGAUGGCGGCAACGACAAGGGCAGCGGCGCACCAUCGUCAACAGAAGCAGCAGAAGACGCAACGCCCGGCGCCGCUAACGGUGCCGCCCAGGCCUCUCCAGGCGACGCGUCGUUUGCAUCUGCGGCGUCAGUGUCCUUGUCGGCGCAGGUGGCCGGCGGUGCGCUCACGCCGCCAGGCAGCGUCAGCUGGCCGGCGUUCCCCGGGUUCAGUACGCCCAUGUCCCGUGUGCCCUCCUCUACGGGCAGCGCGCGCCCCGCCGCAAGCCCCAGCAGCGGAGCGCUGGGCAUGCUGAGCGCGAUGUGCGACGGCAUAACGCCGCGGCGCCUGCUGCCCUCGCCGCAUGGGGCGGCCAGGGCUGAGGACUCACCGCUGCGCUCGGCACGAGGGUCGCCGACCGCGGCAGGCGGCCUGGCUGAGCUGUUGGGUGGCACCGCGUCUGCUAGCAGGCCCCGCGCAGCAGCUGCGGACAGCCAAGAAGAGGGCCACCUGGAUGGCCUCGCUGCUUGCCCGCUGCUGAGCCCAGUGCGGGCGAGCGAGCUGGGCGCAGACGCCGUGCGUGGCAGUCCGUUGGCUGCUGGCUUGUCGCCGCUGCGCCGUGUGCCGGCGCUGUGGGGCCGGCCAGACUGCGGAGAGGAGGGCGCCGCAGCUGUUGCCGCAGCGGCGGUGCGCUUGGUGAUGGCAGGGCGCACAGAGGACAGUGUGCAGGGGGCAGAUAGUGAUGACGACGCUCGCAGUGACGGGCCGUUGGCGUCAGAGGCGGCGGGCAGCGAGGCUGGCAGUGCGGAAGCUGAGGAGGUGCAGCAGGUUCAGCAGGCAGGAGCGCGGGCGGCAGGGAUGGCGUCGCAGCAGCAGCAGCCCCGGCGCCGCCGCAGAGGCAGGCGCCUGGUCAAGCUGCUAGUUGCGGCUUCGCUGGUUGGCGCGGGUGGCAUUGCUGCCCGCAGGUUGAGGCCCGAGACAGUGCAGGUGGCAAGGGAGCAAGCGGAGCGAGCGUGGGUAGCGUCGCAGCGGGUGUGCCGCGUGGCCUGGCGCAGGCUGCGGGCCAGCAAGGGGGUUCAGGCGGUGCUGACAAGGUGGCAGUCACGCCGCCGGUCGGUGCAGGGUACGGCACCCAGCAUCGGCAAGCAGGAGCAGGUUGAGGCGGUGGUGCCCCAGGGCCAGACCGCUGCAACGGAGGGCGGCGCGUGA